AUGAAAUGCCCGAACUCAGAGAUGGAUGGCUCUGAAAACAGACGAGAAGGUCUGAAGUAUAUUACACAAGCAGUAUUCCAACUGCUCAAGGAAAAUAAGGCAUGCACAUAUCAGUUUAUAUGCAAGAACAUUGUGUUUCCAAACACAGAGACCCUUAACAGACGGAUAUACGACGUUCUGAACGUUAUGAAAGCUGUGGGACUGAUAGACAAGAAAGGGAAGAAGUACUUCUUGGUUGGAACUGAGGAUGACACAACAAAGAAGCUCGAGGAGAUAAAGAAGCUGAAGGAGAUGAAGAAGGUCUUCAAGUUCAUUGUAGACAGAAACUCUUCCUCGGAAGACACACAUCUUGAAAGGCUUUAUCUGCCGUUCAUGGUGAUUAGCACAAGCAAAAAGGCAGAGAUCCAUUGUGAAACAAACGAAGAAAGGAGCUUUUUUGUAUUCAAAUCGAGCAAGCCACUCAAGGUCAACGAGGACCUGGAUGUUCUCAGUGAAAUAUACGAGAACAAACACUCAAUAGAAAAGAUAUCUGACUUUGCCUCAAUAAUAGCCAAGAUGGAUAACGAGCGAUAUAGAUGCUUUGAUGAAAAGUUGGAUCACAAAGGAGAGCUGGAUCCAAGCACAUUUUUCUUUGGCUUAUAA